CGGGUUGCGACGAAACAAUUCAUAUAAUUUCUGCGCAUCUGUUCAAUUCUACAACAACCACUACGACUCGAUAUCGAUACCAUAUCGGCAAUCGGCUUCCGAUUGAAACGCGGAUAACAGUUUGAAACAAUUCGACAUUCGAUAGAUAAUAAUACAAGCUUCCUUUGUCCUUUUUCACAAUCUGCAAAUAUGUCGGAUUCCGACCUCAACUCAAGACCUACCACACCCCUCCCAGAAGCUGGAAACGAUGCUGGAGAUCCAAACAGGCCCAUUUCACAAGAACGAGAUACACCAGAACCUCCUGUGGCCAACCCAGAUCUCGAUAUGGAUGAUUUAGAUAAUGCAGAGGAUGGCGGCGCUGGAUCCGAUAAUGAAUCUGAUCUUUCUGAUGUCGAUGAAGCCAAUUUUGAUGAUUUCGAUGCAAGUAAGGUUGCUUUAGAUGAGAGACCCAUGGUUGGUAUCGAUGAAGAUAUUGCGAAGACGUUGAAGGCCAGUAAGCGCAAGCGUGCGGAAGGUGAAGCAAAGAAACCAAAGGAGGGAAAGCGAGACAAAAAGAAGAGGCCGCGCAGAGACUCAGAUGAGGAUCCCGAUGGAAUGGAGAUUGAUGGAAAGAGAAUCAGAAAGCCCAAGAGGGUUGAGGGUGAGGGAAAGGAUAGGGACAGAACCAAGGAACGAAGAAAGGCAACACCAGAACCAGAAAAUGAUGAAAAUCUUACGCCAGAUGAGAGGAGACGUAGAGCUUUGGAUAAGGCUAUGGAUGCUGCGCUUAAGAAUCCGAACAAGAGAAGAAGAAAGAAGGACGAAGUGGAUUUGGAAGAAGCUUUUGAUGAUGAAAUUGCAGCUUUGAAGCUUCGAAUGGAAGAAGCAUGUCAAGCCGAUAAUGCUGCUCGAGAUGCCAAUUUACCCGCAACUAGAAAGCUUGAAAUGUUACCAGAAGUGGUCGCGCUUCUCAACAGAAACACCAUUCAACAUUCCAUCGUCGACCCCGAUACCAACUUCCUGCAGUCCGUCAAGUUUUUCUUGGAACCACUAAAUGAUGGAAGUCUUCCGGCAUACAAUAUUCAACGUGAUCUCUUUCAAGCACUAGCGCGUUUGCCGAUUGAAAAGGAAGCACUUCUAAGCAGUGGGAUUGGUAAGGUCGUUCUAUAUUACACGAAGAGCAAGAGGCCAGAGAUUCAAAUCAAGAGAAUCGCUGAAAGAUUAUUGGGAGAAUGGUCACGACCAAUUUUGAAGCGAAGUGACGAUUAUAAGAAGCGUAAGGUCGCGACAAAGGAUUAUGAUUUCCAAGCCGCACAACUUGCGAUCCGUCCUUCCGGCUCUCAAUCUUCGCAAAUGCCUUCCUCCCAAAGAACACAACUCACGGCUCGUGAUAUUGAGCGUCAACGUCUUCUCGCACCAAAAGUCAUUAGCAACAGAGCUAGAAUGGAAACUUCAAAUACCAGUUAUUCGAUCGCUCCUAGAAGUAACUUCGACCCAAGUAGAGGGUUGGAUCCAUCUUCCAGGCCUAUUGGUGCGGGUGGUGUAGACGCUUUUAGAAAGAUGACGGCGAAACAGGGGAAGAAGAGGUAAUAAGGUUGACUGUGCAGCUGUGACGAUCGUGCUAUUCAGGGGACUUGUAUUAUUGAAUGAAGGGAGAAAGGAAGGUAUGCAGGGCGUUUGUAACUUCGUCGGAAUGCUAACAUAAAGGACGUUUCACGGGUAUCAUAGGAAGGAAUUAGGAAAGAACGAAAGAAAGAUAAUCAUGCACACGCGGCAUAUACUAGGUAGUCAUCUUAAUCAAGGGGCCACAAAAUUGAGAAAUUCAAAAUAUCUAUUCAUCUCCUAGCGCAUU